GGGGUGGGAGGGGAGUGGAUAAAGAUGGCGAGUCAGGAGGAGCGGCAGCACCAGCAGCACCUCUAUCGCGUCGCCGGGUCGUCCAUGGCUACCGGGGAGCCGGCCUGCGCCUCCCUGCCAGACUGCCGGCAGCAGCAGAGGGACGUGGAGGGGACGGGCCUUGCCCGCUGGGGCUCUCAGCAUCCCGGGGCCAAGGAGCUGGCGCAGCUCUACUCUCCUGUGAAACGAUUUCAGGAAUGGUUGUGUGUUAUUUUAAACAUCAGUCUCAUAAAUUGGAACUUGUAUCAUCUGCUCAUAAACUUCAGUUGGGAGCACCUUCAUCUGAUUCUUAUUGGAAUUGUUGCAGGGAUGGUUACUGCUGACUUUGCUUCAGGUUUGGUCCACUGGGGAGCAGACACCUGGGGAUCUGUUGAUCUUCCUAUACUUGGCAAGGCUUUCAUUAGACCUUUCAGAGAACAUCACAUUGACCCCACUGCUAUAACAAGACAUGAUUUUGUAGAAACAAAUGGCGAUAACUGCAUGCUGACUGUGGUUCCCCUGGCUUACAUGGCAUACAGGUUUCUUACUCUCUCCCCAGAGGCCAUCUAUGGUAUUUAUUCUUGGCAGUGCUACAUAUUUUCUCUUGGAUUGUUUGUGACACUGACAAACCAAAUUCACAAGUGGUCUCAUACGUAUUAUGGACUUCCUUUGUGGGUCUGCCUUUUGCAGGACUGGCACAUCAUUCUACCACGAAAACAUCAUCGCAUUCAUCAUGUAUCUCCACAUGAAACAUACUUCUGUAUUACCACAGCUGUAACAGUUCCGCGUAAUUUUCGCCUUUUGGAAGAACUAGAAGAAGGCCAGAAGGGAGCAAGUGAUGGGACAGUAAGUUGGGGACUUGAAGAUGAUGAAGAUAUGACACUCACAAGGUGGACAGGGAUGAUCGUUGGACCUACCAGAACCAUUUAUGAACACCGAAUAUACAGCCUUAAAAUAGACUGUGGACCUAGAUAUCCAGAGAUAGCUCCACAUGUUAGAUUUGUAUCGAAAAUAAAUAUGAAUGGAGUAAAUAAUUCCAAUGGAAUUGUGGAUCCGAAAAGCAUAUCAGUUCUAGCUAAAUGGCAGAAUUCAUUUAGUAUCAAAGCUGUCCUGACUGAGCUGCGGCGUCAAAUGAUGUGUAAAGAAAACGGGAAACUCGCUCAGCCCCCAGAAGGACAAAGUUUCAACAAUUAAUCUGGAAUAAUUCCUCCCUCAUUGAAGCUUACUUCAUUUCCACUGUACCGUAGUGUUUUUUUUCUAGGCGCAUCUUGUAGAUCUCAAAGUACUGGAAAAAGAAUAAUUCCCAUUAAAAAGCAAUUAAUCUUAAUACUGUAAAUGUAAGCCAAUACUAAUUGUUUUUGGACAAAAGUUGUAUGAUAACACAAAUAAUCUUGCGCGUAACCACUGUCCACAUAGUAGAAUCUUUGAUGUCAGGAAUUAUCUAUUGAAAUUAGUACUGUUGAGACCAGUGUGGCACAUUUAGCUAAAGCUGUGAAUAUGCACAUCACACAGACACUUGCUGCAGGUUUGCCCUUUAAAUUAUUGUCCCUUUGCAAUAGUAUUAAAGCUCAGGGCUAUUUAUUAGAGUCCAAACACAAAGGUUGGAAUGAUCAGUACAGUAUUGUUUUCUGGUCUCCAUCUGCCAAUGGGAUUUAUUUUUCUUUUCGAGCCAACUUUUCCUUUGUGCUGUCUCUAGUAAAUGCUGAACACGGCUGAUGUAUUUUGGACCACUAACCUUAGUUUGCUGUAUUGUGGAUGCAAGCUACGUGUAUAACUAUUUGGUGCGUCCGGAAAUUUUUUGACAUUCAUAUUUGUACAAAGCCACAUUUUAAAGCAGUGAAUAUCACCACAACUCUUAAACAGCCAUUGUUUCCAUUAAAGGCAUAUUUUGUUGAAAAAUGUUUAAGAUAUUAGAUGUAUGGAUAUAACAGUCUCAGAAAUUAAAGAAUUUAACAUAACUUAAUGGUAUCCUAUUGAUAGCCUUUUAUUGUGUCAACCUAAUUAUGAAAUAUUAAAAUUGUGCGUUAAGGGAUACAUGGAUUAUAUUUAAGCUAAAUGUAAAUGCAAUAGCUUAGAUUGAAUCAAAUUUACAUGGGCUUAUAAAAUGAAAGACAAAAAACAUCUUAAGUUCGUCAUUAAGAUUUUUCAUGCUUUAGUGAACUGAAUAGUGUCAUGUACUGCACUUAAGGCUAUUGUAAUAGAAAUAAGGCAUUUAAAAUAUAUGUUUGGGUUAUUUGUAUCUUUUGAAAGUUUGUCUGCAAUAGUUGCAGAAUUUGAAUUGGUUUCUGUAAUUCUUACGAAAAGCAGUUCAAUAAGUUGAAGCAAUUGUUUUGAAUCUGGGGCUUCAACUAUAAGAUGAAACUCACUGUCCAUUACACAAUGUGGCUUGGUUUAUAUGAAAGCACAAUCUGGUUCUCCGAGCUUGAAUCCACACACAAGACUGCUUUGCUUAUGUAUUAAUUGAUAAUCAAGAGUAUGGAUAGAAAAUGUUGCAGUUGUCGAGUUAAGGGUGUACUACAAUUGGCCACCAAUUAUUCACGAGAUAUUUGAAUGAAAGAUUAUUGGUCCAUCAUAAUUUCCACAUCUGCUACUACCCCUAUCUCCAAACCCAACUUUUCUUGGUGCAAAUCCCACCCGUCUAAAUUUGAAUUGCAAGGUUAUUCUUGUUCUUUAUCUGCAAAAUUGACAAAUUACUUGUCAUCAAUGUCUGUAGACAUUUGCCAUUUAGGAAUACUAUCCCAGAUUCUAAGGCUUUCAGCACUCCACCUAGAAUGAUAUUUCUUCAGGGGAAAACAAGGCAAUGAUGUUGAUAACACCUUCCUCCUUUUAAUUCAGAGAUAAAAUGGGGAGCUGGUGUUGACUAUGAAACCCAUUGACAUUGCUUUAUCAUUUGAUAAAUAAUGCAUUUGUUCUACUGCCCCAUCCUAUCCUUGUCAAUUGCCUUUGGUAAUUAAAACUCUACGUCUCAUUCGUGUGCACUCCUAUUACCGUUUAGGGUAGAAAAUCCCCAAAAUACACAACCCUCUGAAUGAGGAAUAUGUUAUCCUCACCUGAAUAUUAUUUAGGCAAGCUCUUAUUCUGGGAAUAUUAUCCCUAAUCUUAUUUUUUUUAAUUGGGUAAAUCAGCUUCUCAGCAUUUACUUUGUCAAGCCUUAUAAAAUCAUGAAGUUGGCUGCUAUUGAGUUGGGAAAAGGUCAGCAUGCGUGUUUUGUAACUGUUUUCCUAAAGAUCAUUGUAUUUACUAUGGUGAAUAAACUUUCUGCCCAGUACCUAAGUAAAUAGAUAAAUCUGGAGGAGAAAGAGGAUCUUUAAAGUGUACCCAGCUACUGAGCUUGUCCCAAAAGUCUGCAAAAGUAAAUUGCAAUGUCGCUGAGUUAUUCCAGCAUUUUGUGUGAUCCUUCAAAGCAGGCUUAAGCUUUGGAACAGCAAGUGCUUUAUUUGCAUAGGGCAAAAGAAUGAGCAAUAAAAAGUGACAGGUGAAAAACAGACUUGCUUGUCUCGAUAUUCAAUGCAAUUCUUGUUCAAACAAAACAUUAUUAUUAAAAUGUGAACCAGUAAUUUGGAAUGCAUUUCUCAGCUGUAGCUCUUGCCUAGCUGAUCAUUUAAAAAAUGUUCAUUUGAUAAGAUUGGAAGUAAAUGUAUUGAAUAAUUCCAGGUGAAAUACUAUUCAUUAAUUUCACUUUGAGGGUUCCCCUCAAAGUGAAACCUGAUCUGUGAAGUAUAUGUAAAUGAAAAAUGGAGCUGCAAUUUUCAUUAUUACAUUUGUUCUUAUACUAAAUCACAGAAUAUUGGUUGUGUUAAAAAUGGCAAAUGAUGUUUGCAUAUAUUGUCCCUGGGCUGAUUAACCAAUUAAAUGUUUUGUACCACUGUGUGGGCUACGGCGA